AGCUAUAGCUACUUGUCUCCUUCUCCUCAGACUCCUCACCAUUAUCUUUCCCCUCUUUUUUAUUUCCCAUAUCAAAUCUCAUAACCUAAUUCCAUUGCAAAUAACUAACUCCCGGGAUGGAGGAAUGCCGGACGAGCUUCCGGAGCCGCGGCGGAGUGGGAGAGUUCAAAAUCGAGGUGCUGAGCGGGAAGAGUCCUUACGGCGGCGAGACGAAGCGGGGCCGCCCGCCGGAUGCGGCGGCGCCACGACGGAGCGAUGCGGCGAUGCCGUGGAGGAUGGUGAAUGACCCGGAGGUGAAGAGGCGGAGGAGGAUAGCGAGGUAUAAGGUGUACGCGAUGGAAGGGCGAGUGAAGGCCACGAUCAGGAAGGGGGUUUGGUGGGUCAAGAACAAAUGCUCCCGAAUCAUCCAUGGCUACUAGAGCUCAUUUCUUAAUUCGCCAUAGAUAUCUUGUACUCCCAGCCUUGUUUGUUGAUGAUUAUUGUUGUUAAUCAAAUACUCUCUUGCUCCUAUUCAAUUGCAUUUGUGAUUGUUUCCCAAAUUAAAGUUGUGUGGGGUU